CCGUGGAGUCGUGGCCUUGGCAGUUUUGGCCGGUGGUGGUCCAAUGAUGGCCACUGGCAGGCUGGGACAUCUCUCCCUUUGCCUGGCAAGGCCUCAGUGGGCCUGCUUGAGUCCCCCAGUGAAGGCUGGUGAGUGGUGGAGGGAGCGUUUCCCCGGGGGGCUAGCAGCUGAAUGCGGGGAAGCACUGAGGGCUGAGCGGAGGGAGCAAGGGGGACUGUAGGAGCCGUCCUAGUGGCAGCUGCGGGGUGUACAGGAUGUGCGGGGGCAGCGGCACACAGCGGCCGUGGCCUCGCACUGUCCCUCUUGGGGUAAUGACCCCAGCCUGCAGGGCGCUGGCUUCCUCUUUUCAAAUGGGACUUUUAAUUCCUGUGUCAAAGGUCAAGUGAGUUGACUCCCUUAAGCAUGGGGAAGAGAACUAGGAAACUAUGUAAAAUAAAAACGUGAGAAUGAUUAUCUCCCUGGAGAACAUCGACAGCCUCCCCUCAGUGGGGUCUGUUAGCGACAACUCAGCUUCUUCCUGAUAGGGGCAGAGGCCUGCAGCAGGGAGCUGGGUUAACGGCCUGCUGCCAAGUGCCGAGCGCGGGUUCAUUUCUGGGAGCCUCGCCCGCGGAGAGCCUGCAGUCCAGGUUCCGUUCACUCUACAAAACUGUAAGCGCUCUAGUUUCUAGGCCGGGUGAUGGCUGUGGCCACGGGCCGUGGCAGAAGCGUGUCCCAGGAAGCCCACAGCCUCCCCCAGAGACCUGCAGCGCCUCUGGUCUCACCCGUUCAGGGCCACAUUAUUCAAGGGCCCUUCCUCCAAAAAACGAAACAAAACAUAAAAAUCACAUUUUAUGGUAGCAUUGGUCUAAAGACAAAUAGAUAAGUACUACGUAUUAAAACAUUUUCUUUGACCUAAAGUUUCACUUUUUCUUUUGACUUCCCUUUGCUCUAAGCUCUGCUUACUCGUCUGUAACACGGGGACAAUUCGAAUCCCUCCCCCUGGCUAAUGCACAGCGCGGGCCUGUGACAGAUGGCACUGUGAUGACUGGGCUCCCGGCCAGUGUGGGCCGAGCCCCGUGACACAGAGCCAUGGCAGGCUGGAACACGCAUUCCAUCGCGCUGGACAAGACACUUGGCCCAAGUCUGACCCUCCCACACGUGAGCACUGAGACCCAGUGGUGACCUCUGGCCUGCUACUCCACCUCCACAGCUUCGCCCCUGGCUGCAGGAGGGUUUGAAGUGAUCUCACAUCUCAUGAAAGACGUUCAUGUGGCACAGACGGUACCUCUUCUUCCACUGGAAGCCUUCGAUGCAGAGUUCUGAAGAGUCCUUGGAAAUGGAUCCCUCAUCUGUAAAGCGGAAAUCCACCUUGAGGGUCAGCUCUGACCCAGCAGCGACCCAGGCCUCCUGAAGCCUGCUGUUCUGAACCCCCGUGCCCAUCGGUACAGACUUGAGGACACGGGUCCCUGACCAUGGUCACACUCAUCACUGAGAAGCUGCAGAACCAGAGCCUGGAUGACCUUGUCCGCAAGAGCUACGAUGCUGGCCCGCGUUCUGCUGGGACACUGAGCAACAGGGGUCAUUUGUUCCCUUUUGAGAGCAACGAAGACAGGCGCCCCUGGAAGGUCUUAAGUGGAGGAUGGCCCGUCGGGAGUCAGACGGCCACGGGCACACGUGGCCCAGACACAGGCCUGGGUGCCGUGAGCGCCACAGACCUCAGGGAGAGCACAGGGCCCCCCUCGGCACCACCUACCAAGCGCCACUGCCGCUCCCUGUCGGAGCCGGAUGAACUGGCACGCUGCCGCUCCCCCUGGCGCCCCGGCAGCUCCAAGGUCUGGACGCCGGUGUCCAAGAGGCGGUGCCACAGCGGCGGGCGCGCCACGCUGCGGGAAAGCCUGGCUGCCAGCCUGCCCGGGAGCGCCACACUGCUGGGCCGUACCGCCCCGGUGGCCGGCCCCACCUCGCCCCCCGUGCCCCGGCCGCCUUCAGCCGGCGGCGGCUGCCCGGACGGCAGUGAGGGUGGCCCGGGCCCACCCUGGCGACCCGCAGGGCCCUGCGCUCUGUCCUGCAGGCGCCGCCUGUCCCUGUCGCAGGAGCACCUGGUGGAAGUGGGCACACCCCCGCCCUCUGCCGGCAGCAGCCCCUCGUCCACGCCUGAAUUGGGCCGGCGGCUGGGCCUGCUCCGGUGCCGCUCACAGCCUUGUGUGCUGGUCGGGAGGAAGUGUCGGCGCAAGCGCAGGCGUGAGGAGAGCGCCUGCUGGCCGCGCCCAUCCUUGGACUUUCUGAAAAUGACACGGACUUUAAAAAAUUCAAAAAGCCUUUGUUCCCUUGAUUAUGAAGACGAAGAGGAGGAUGACAGCCAAGUGAAGCUGGCCCCGUAUGCCCCACGCGGCCCCACGGGCAUCAUCACGCCCGGCUCCAGACCACUGGGCGUGUGCCCCAGCCCCUGCUGCACCGGCCCCGGCCCGUGGGCCUCUUGGGAGCCCAUGGCCGCUGAGGGCGAGGGCGGGAGUGGCGGCGACCCCAGUGACUGGGAGAGCGCUGGGGAGGAGGGGGCCUUCCCUCCCGGCCGCGGCGAGCUGGACCUGGGGCAGAUCGAGAGCAACUGACCCCCGGCGGGGGGUCCGGGGCCACUGCCCCCAGUUUCUUCCCGGCUCACGGACAGGAGCUGGGCUACGCAGAACUUUGAACAUUAGGUGUAAUUUUGAUCCAGUUUUUCCUAAAGAAGUAUUUUGGAUUUUUAUGGCUUUUACAGUUCUGGAGAAAGCUGCUGUAUUUUGAACGAAUUUUCGGAAGGGCAUUCUAUGAAACGGGAGGCUGCGGGCCGAUCCCAGCACAGGUGUGCGUUCCUUUUCUAAAACCCCUGCCGUGCAGGGCGCGGGGGUCCGUGAGUGCCGAGCAGCCGGCCUGCUGCUGCCCGUCACCUCUUCGGAGCACCAGGCGGUGGUGCCUGUGUGCUCAGGAGCUCUGGGAUGGUGGUCCUGGCAGCACCUGGUCUGACUUCAAUAAAAGGCGUUUGCUUC